AAAAUUAAACCGAUUCGGUUUCGGGUUCACCCGAACCGAACCCAAACCACCAGUGUUAUUUUCGGGUUUCUGAACCCGCAACCCGCAAAACAAAGGCUCGGUUUUGGUUUCGGGUUUGUGGGAGUCGGUUUCGGUUUUUCAGUUUUUGCGGUUUUCGGGUUCGGUUACCCGAACCGAACCGACAGGCCUAAUCUCGGGUCAAGGGAUUCCUAGGCACACUUUUCCUUUUUUCCUAAAAAAGUUGAUAAUAUGUAUUCACCAACCUUAGUUGUUUAUGGAUGUUACUGCAGUCCUGUGGAGUAUCUGGCGCUCUCGUAAUUGGGUUGUCUUUGAAGGCAAGCAGUUAGGGUCCCAGCGCUCAUGAGGCAGUUUAAAGCAAUAUCAGGAAUGGAUAAGUUUGCCUUUGGAUGGGACCCAGCGGGUUCCUGCCCCCUGCUGAUCAACUUGUGGGGACUACUACCCCUUCCUCGGUUAUCUGCAAAUGGGAUGGGGCUAUCAAUCAUGCAUCUCACUCAGCAGGAGGAGUGGUUGUCAUGAACCCGGCAGGGGAGGUUCUUCGGGCAAAAGGUGUUCAAUUUGUCGGGGUUGAUGAACCUUUGGUCGCUGAGAUGCUUACUCUUCAUGAAGCAGUCCUUUGGUGUAUUGCAUCCGGGUUUACGGAGGUUCAAUUUGAAGGGGAUGACAAGGUGAUUAUUGACAAGUUUAACCACGCUGAUAUCAGAGACAGUCGAAUUGGAGCCCUUCUAGAAGAAGUAUUGCAUUGUUUAUCUAACCAUAGUGGGUUCAGUGUGCGGUUUGUAGGUCGGCGUAGUAAUAGGGUAGCCCAUUUGGUGGCUAGAAAGACUCUUCUUUUGUACCCGACUACAAGUCGCGUCUUUGAUUUCUUGGCCUGGCUUAAUUCCAGAAUGUAAUUAUCUUUUCUCUGAUCAAUAUAUGAUUAUCUUUUGUAAAAAAAAAACACAUUUGUCUGGGGUGGGGGCAGGUAAUUCGAAUUGACUCGUUAUAAAUUACUCAUUUUGUAAAACGAGUCAAUUGGUCAAAUUGUCUCAUUUUGCAAUUGAUCCAUCCAAACGACCCCUUUGUUUUUUUUUUCAUGUAAGGUUCGGCGCAUAAGAAUUUUACCUUAUAAUUACAACGUGAAAUCUCUAAAUUGAAAAUUAUUAGACCGAAUUCUUAUACAAUGAAGCAAGCUCAUUUAAAAACAACUGGGGUUAAUAACUUAAUAUUGUGAGGUUGGUAGAAAUACAACCAAUCGUCCAAUCCUCCUAUAUACAGUAGGGAUGGGAUGCUAACCAUAUAAUGGGUUAGCACCGUAAUAACUAACUAGCUUAUUACCCGGCCCGUUGGCCGGAUUACUGUAUGUUACCCACUUGUGGAACGGGAGAGAAAGCAAGUGAGAGUGAAGGGAUUGAGAUUCCACUUGAUUAGGACCGGCCCACUAAUCCGAUUCUUCCCGACCCGCCCCAACCUAAAGGGUCAGAAAGAGCUAAUAAGAAAAUACGAAUGGAGAGAAUUAGUAAUAUAUCUUGACUCUUCAGAAGUGGGUCAAACAGGAUAAAGGUUGGGUGAGGGCAAUUUUUAGCGCUAAGCAGAGUUCUGGGUUGAAUAACUUUACCUAGGCCUAGAAAUUGGUUCUGAUGCAGACUGCAGUUUUUAUCAUACCAUCAUCAAUCAUCAUUGAAUUAGUCCUGGGCAUCCCUCCCCGUUGUCGGUCUGAAUUUUAAUGAUGGCUUCAUUCCUUGCACCAGCCAUAUCAGCGAGUUGUCAUCUCGAGCAUGAUUUGCCUAUGUACAAAUGAUACAAUUAGAGUAUGAAACUGAAUUCAAAGAAAAGGAAAAGAGAAUUCUAUCACAUGCCAAUAAAUACACACAUAAUAGUUGAAGCUAAGUGAAAGUCAUUACUCGCACAUCAAUUCUCAAAAAUUACAGACUAAACAAUGGCUAGAAUGGCACUGAAACUACCAAGAAUCAUGGACGAAACAACUUGUCAAAUUAAAUAAUCCUUAUACUGAAACUACCUUCUAACUUGAAAUAAGACAUGAUCACAGUUCAUAGCACUCUUAUCACUAUGAAUUGGUUGCAGCUCGUCCUUAUCACUACCUCCCAAGCUCAAUUCAAACAGAAUAGACACAGUUAUGUAAGAUAACCAUAUCCUUACUGAUCAUAAUUCCUUUCUUCACUCCAUUUUUGUCGGAGAAAAGAGUUAUCCCCCUCUCAUGCAUUUCCCUUUCCCCCUCUCUUCUCCCUCUUCUUCACAAACCGAUCCCUAAACCAGCAACAACAACACAAAAUAGCCUUCGCCUCUGCCAUCUCCAUCUACUGAACGCGUUGGUGGCAAGACAGGAUUGCAGAAGCAAAAUUUUCUAAAAUCAAACUAAAUUUUUUGAAGGAGACUCAACCACGAAAAAAGAGUAAAGCAACAAUGCUAAUAGUUCAGAUGGUUGGUUUUGAUGUUAUACGUUGCUUUUGUUAUGGUCUCCAGUGUAUCAACUGCAACAGAGAUGUUUCCUCCAAUCAUCUUUAGUGCAUGAUUUAGAAGUAAGUCCUCUUGUUUGUGUCAAACGGAAACAUUCAUGGGUUCUUAACUCCCCUGUUAGUGUAAAUGCAUCAGCAGCAAAGAAGUUUGACAACACAGCGAGCACCCAGGCAAAAUGAUACAAUGCAGUAGGUGAUAUGUGUCUCAAAGGUUUUGAGUUACUAAAGUUCAUGUUAAAAAUAAACAUGAAUUAAAAUGGAUUAUUCUAUUAAGCAAACAUCCCCUCUAAUCAUACAAAGAUCAUAUAUCUAAUUCACAAACAAUUAAGCCAUAAAAAAUCAUCACACAUCCACCACCUUUGAUUGCCUAUAUUUGGUUUUUCGCAAAGUUGUGGACUCUUAAGGGUAAAGUUCAUGGGUAGUCUGUUUCAUAACUCUAGAGAGCACAGUAAGCAGCCACCAACCAGACACAGUAGGCGAAUAUGAUUCUCAAUUCACAAUUUCUCACCACCGGAAGUAAGAACAGAUCAUAAUAAGCGUAGCGUUCAUGGGUGGUCUGUUUCAUAGCACUACUACACAAUUUGUUAAAAAGGAAAGAAAGGUAUUUAGCAUCACGGCGGAACAACUUUUACAGGCCAACAACGACAACAUGCUGCAACCACCAGAAUUGGUAUCACAACUCAUAGGGAAAGUCAAAAGAUUUACUCUUAAAUUAAGUAGUUACAACAUCGAGCAAUCGUCAAGCACAUACACCAUCACAAAAGUCACAGAACCUGAUUCACAAAGCAUUCAAACAUUUGAGGACAUUUCUGCAAAGAUACAACUUAUAUGUCUUUUUUCCAAGCCAUUUCCAUCAACAUGCUAAUAAAUUUGCAAUGCAUAA